GAGAGAGAGAGAGAGAGAGAGAGCAACCCCCAAAAAAGAAAGAAGCUAGGGAGCGAGUAAGCACUGGGCGCAAAGCGUCUGCAAGCUGACAGCAACCCCCUCCAAAAACAAAAAAAAGUAUUAAAUAAAUACAUACAAAACAGGCAAGAUCCGCUGCUGGUCUCUAUGCAUUCAGAUCAGAAGUGCACGAGUGAAUAAGAAGAAAGUACACGAAUAAGUGUCUUGUUUUCGAGUGCUCAGCCAUGUCGUAUCCUCAGGGCUACUUGUACCAACCCGCCGCUUCUUUGGCUCUGUAUUCGUGCCCGGCUUACAGUACGAGUGUGAUUUCUGGACCCAGGACUGAAGAACUUGGAAGAUCUUCUUCGGGAUCUGCCUUUGCUCCGUAUGCCGGAUCCGCCGCGUUUGCAAACCCUUCCCCAGGUUACAACUCUCAUCUCCAGUACACCGCGGACCAGGCGGCAGCUGCUACCUUUACUUCGUACGUGGGUUCUCCCUACGAUCACACGACAGGGAUGGCCGGCUCUAUGGGAUACCAUCCUUACGCACCUUUGGGCUCUUACCCCUACGGAGACCCCGCUUACCGGAAAAAUGCCACCAGAGAUGCCACUGCCACGCUUAAGGCCUGGCUCGGCGAGCACAGGAAAAAUCCUUACCCCACCAAAGGGGAGAAGAUCAUGCUGGCCAUCAUCACCAAAAUGACCCUGACCCAAGUGUCCACCUGGUUCGCCAACGCCAGGAGGAGACUGAAAAAGGAAAACAAAAUGACCUGGACCCCAAGGAACAGGAGUGAAGACGAGGAAGAGGAGGAAACUAUUGACCUGGAGAAAAACGACGACGAUGAACCUCAUAAGCCUAUAGAGAAGGUCGACUCGUCCACAGACACUGAGACAGGCGGAGACCCGAAGAUGAACUCGGAGGACAUCGCUUGCGACAGGUUUAAGGAAGAACUUAAUGAUAAAGAGACUGGCCCAGUGUUGUCUAAUUCGGAACUAAAAGACCACGAAGAAAGAAUAGACAUUCUCCCCGACUCCCCCAAAGCAACAACCUCGUCCCCCCCAACUGUGCCUCGACAUGGCCCUGAGAUCAUUGUGCAAGAAAACCGAACAGAAACGCUGCCUUCCUCAAUCGCGGCGUCAAAUACAGUAAACACUGUCAACGGCAACGCCGCGUCUGUGAUUCAUUCACCGCCGACUGCUCCCAAACCCAAACUUUGGUCUCUUGCUGAGAUCGCCACAUCUUCGGACAAGUCUAAGGAAAGUAACGAGUCGUCACAUCCCUCAGGCCCGGGUCAAUGCAGUAUAAUCGCAGGAAGAGCCUUGUCUCCUUCCCGGUCCCCCUCGCACCAGUGCCCUUACCCGAACAGUGCUGUCCUUUCCCGGCCAAUUUAUUACACUUCUCCAUUUUAUACAGGGUACACGAACUACAGCACUUUCGGACACCUCCACAGUCACCACGAAGCGAACUCGGCAUCUACGACACAUUUCAAUGGAUUAAACCAGGCUGUGCUGAGUAGAGCCGAGGCUCUGGUAAAAGAAUCUAAAUUCAGAAGCCAAACACAGGUAGAUCUUUGUAAAGACUCACCUUAUGAACCGAAGAAAGCAGAGAACUGAAACCCUGGAUCAGAGCUGUCUCUAUAAAAAUAAAACCCUGGAUCAGAGCUGUCUCUGUAAAAACAAAACCCUGGAUCAGAGCUGUCUCUGUAAAAACAAAACCCUGGAUCAGAGCUGUCUCUGUAAAAACAAAACCCUGGAUUGGAGCUGUCUCUGAAAAGCAAAACCCAGGAUCAAAGCUGUCUCUGUAAAAACCAAAACCCUGGAUCGGAGCUGCCUCUGUAAAAACAAAACCCUGGAUUGGAGCCGUCACUGUAAAAACAAAACCCUGGAUCGGAGCUGUCUGUAAAAACAAAACCCUGGAUCAGAGUUGUCUCUGUAAAAACAAAACCCUGGAUCGGAGAGGUGUCUUUCAGCAGGUGGAUUGAUGGUGCCAUUAUGUUUUGAGAAACACUGUCCAUUAUUGCAUUGCUACAAUUCUUGGGCAGGUUUGAUUGCUCCUUUUGUUUUUACAUCCCGAUAAAAGACUUAUGAAAAGGCAUGUUGUGUAUUUCUACCUGUCUUGUUUUUAAAACCUUGCACACAGUUUUUUUUUUUUGACACCUGUUCCAGCUUAUUACUUAAAUGUGAUGCCUCACAGCCCCACUGCAGGCUGUUUAGAUCAGAGAUAAACAUCACAAUUAUUCACUAUUAAUCUGGCGUGUUUUGUUCAGACACUUUUUUGCGAAGAAAUUGGCAUUUAUUUGCUUAAAAAAACCCCACAAACUCUCCAGUUCAUGCCUGAUGGAAGCAAAUGUAAAUGUGCACUUAUUUAAUUGGAUCAGCUACCAAGAUAAAAGAGAUAAACGGCUCCCAGUUUGCCAAAUUAUUUUCAGAGGCAUGCAGCGAUGUGUGGAAGGGAAAUUAAUGAAGAAGAGACACACUGUACUUAAAAUACUUUGGGUCUAGACUUGCUGAGAGAGAGAGAGAGAGAGAGAGAGAGAGAGAGAGAGAGAGAGAGAGAGAGAGAGAGAGAGAGAGGGAGCAUUUCAUAAUCUACUGCAUCCCUGAGAAUAGAAGAGAAGCAAUUAUUUACUGCUUAAUAUGACAAGUACGGUUUAAAAAAAGGGAGUGUGAUUAAGAAGAUCUUCUUCUUCUUCUUCUUCU